CGGCGGCGGCGGCGGCGGCUGCAGGACGAGCCUAGAGGCUCAGCCAUAUUUGAUGGUUUUGUUGCUUUGCUAGGGAGUUCUCGGGAGUAAUUUAAUGCCGAAGGUCGCUGCCUAGUGGAAAUAAUAUAGUACGUCAUUAAUAUGGCGCCAAAAGAUUGGGUUCUCGAUAUGUAGCGAGGAGGGAGGGCCGGCAGCCGCCGAGCGCCGCGUUACUAUCCCACCAGUAACUUGGGCAUUGCUGGGGCGGGGGCCAGAGGAGCAGGAGGAGAUGAUUUUUCGAUCCUGAGAAUUGAUCUGUGUUGGAUCAGCUGCCUGCUGUUUCCCGGGGAGAUCAUGAAACGAGGUCGCCUUCCCAGCAGCAGUGAGGAUUCUGAUGACAAUGGCAGCCUGUCAACUACUUGGUCACAGAAUUCCCGAUCCCAGCACAGGAGAAGUUCCUGCUCUAGACAUGAAGAUCGAAAACCUUCAGAGCUUUUCCUCUGGCCAGGAGAUGAGCGGGUUCGGCUGCUGCCAGUCACUGCCAGCCUCAAGUUAGUUGUGGCCAUGAGUCUGUGGCUUGUUUGGCAACAACCCAAUGUGUUUCGGACAGACCUGAUCACUGCUAUGAAGUUGCAUGAUUCCUACCAGCUGAACCCGGAUGAGUACUAUGUGUUGGCAGAUCCCUGGAGACAGGAGUGGGAGAAAGGGGUCCAGGUGCCCGUGAGUCCUGGGACCGUCCCUCAGCCUGUGGCCAGGGUCGUCUCUGAAGAGAAAUCCCUCAUGUUCAUCAGGCCCAAGAAAUACAUCGUCUCCUCAGGCUCCGAGCCUCCCGACUUGGGCUACGUUGACAUCCGGACGCUGGCUGACAGUGUGUGUCGUUACGACCUCAAUGACAUGGAUGCCGCAUGGCUGGAACUGACCAAUGAGGAGCUGAAGGAGAUGGGAAUGCCUGAGUUGGAUGAAUACACCAUGGAGAGGGUCCUGGAGGAGUUUGAGCAGCGCUGCUAUGACAAUAUGAAUCACGCCAUCGAGACUGAAGAAGGCCUAGGGAUCGAGUAUGAUGAAGACGUUGUCUGUGACGUCUGCCAGUCGCCGGACGGGGAGGAUGGCAACGAGAUGGUGUUCUGUGACAAGUGUAAUAUCUGUGUGCACCAGGCCUGUUACGGAAUCCUCAAGGUCCCAGAGGGCAGCUGGCUGUGCCGGACGUGCGCCCUGGGGGUUCAGCCAAAGUGCUUGCUGUGUCCCAAGAAAGGAGGAGCUAUGAAGCCGACCCGCAGUGGGACCAAGUGGGUCCAUGUCAGCUGUGCUCUGUGGAUCCCUGAGGUGAGCAUCGGCAGCCCCGAGAAGAUGGAGCCCAUCACGAAGGUGUCCCACAUCCCCAGCAGUCGGUGGGCACUGGUGUGCAGCCUCUGCAGCGAGAAGUUUGGGGCCUCCAUACAGUGCUCUGUGAAGAACUGCCGCACAGCUUUCCAUGUGACUUGUGCUUUUGACCGGGGCCUGGAGAUGAAGACCAUCUUGGCAGAGAAUGACGAAGUCAAGUUCAAGUCCUACUGUCCGAAGCACAGCUCCCACAGGAAAGCCGAGGAGCGCCUCGGCGAGGGGACCACGCGGGAGAACGGGGCCCCUGAGUGUGCCCCCAGAAGUCCACUGGAGCCCUUUGCCAGCCUUGAGCAGAAUCAAGAGGAGGCCCACCGGGUGAGUGUCCGUAAGCAGAAGCUGCAGCAGCUGGAAGAUGAGUUUUACACCUUCGUCAACCUGCUGGAUGUUGCCAGAGCCCUGCGGCUGCCUGAGGAAGUAGUGGAUUUCCUGUACCAGUACUGGAAGUUGAAGAGGAAGGUCAACUUCAACAAGCCCCUGAUCACUCCAAAGAAAGAUGAAGAGGACAAUCUAGCGAAGCGGGAGCAGGAUGUCUUGUUUAGGAGGCUGCAGCUGUUCACGCACCUGCGGCAGGACCUGGAGAGGGUUCGGAACCUCACUUACAUGGUGACCCGCAGGGAAAAGAUUAAACGAUCUGUGUGCAAAGUCCAGGAACAGAUAUUCAAUCUUUACACUAAGCUCUUGGAGCAAGAAAGAGUUUCAGGUGUGCCUUCUUCUUCCUGCUCCUCCUCCUCACUGGAAAACAUGCUUUUGUUUAACAGUCCUUCUGUGGGCCCUGGUGCUCCCAAGAUCGAGGACUUGAAGUGGCAUUCUGCAUUCUUCAGGAAGCAAAUGGGUACUUCAUUGGUUCAUUCUCUGAAAAAACCCCCUAAGCGAGAUCCCUUGCAGAAUAGCCCCGGGAGUGAAGGCAAAACCCUCCUAAAGCAGCCAGACCUGUGUGGUAGAAGGGAGGGCAUGGUGGUCCCAGAGAGCCUUUUGAGUUUUGAAAAGACCUUUGCAGAAGCACGCCUCAUUUCAGCACAGCAGAAAAAUGGGGUGGUGAUGCCAGACCAUGGGAACAGAAGAGAUCACCGUUUGCAUUGUGAUCUCAGUAAGGGAGACUUAAAGGACAGACCUUUUAAACAGAAUCACAAGCCUCUCAGGUCCACAGAUGUGUCCCAGAGGCACGUGGACAACACGAGAGCUGCUCCUUUCCCUGGAGCGGGGCAGCCGGCACCUGGCACGAGGAAGGAGGUGGUGCCCAAGUGCAACGGCUCCCUGAUCAAAGUGAACUAUAGCCAGACUGCAGCCAAAGUGCCUACAACUCCUGCCAGCCCAGUGAAAAACUGGGGAGGAUUCCGGAUUCCAAAGAAGGGGGAACGGCAGCAGCAGGGAGAGGCCCGCGACGGGGCCUGCUGCCCGCUCUCGGACCACCCCUACCUGGGUUUAGGCCGAGCUCCAGCCAAGGAAAGGGCGAAAAGCAACUUAAAAUCGGACAAUGAGAAUGACGGGUAUGUCCCUGAUGCAGAAAUGAGUGACUCUGAGAGUGAAGCAUCAGAAAAGAAAUGUAUACAUGCCAGCAGCGCAAUCAACAGGAGGACAGACAUUAUCAGGAGAAGCAUUUUGGCUUCUUGAUGAAACCGAGGAGGCGUGGGAGUGAGCAGCUUGUCAUGGAGUUUGACAGGGGCUCUGACGCAGGGACAAGUGGAAACCCAUCACUCCGGGGCUACACAAACACAUAUACUUGCAAUUCAGAUUGAAAUUUUUUUUUUUCAGAGUCAUUUAUAAGUCAUUGUUGUGAGAAGUAUGUGUUAUUUGCAACUUGUUGAGGAAACACAAGAGUAGAUUGUAAUCAUAAGACACUUCUAAGACUAGAGGCUGAAUUAAACACUAAAACAAGAAUGAAUGAGAAUUAAAGAGGGCGAGGCUUACAUAAGCCUCAUGAGUUUUUAUUGCCCUCCAUAUUCUUCCCAAAGCACAAACUCUUGGUUAUCUGAAUAUACAGGAUCAGAUAUACCUUUCUUGAGAAACCCUGACAUACCAUUUAACAGUCUGUAAACUUACUUUCUAGGACUGUGGUAGAUCUUGAAACCAUAUUUAUACUUUGGCCCACAAGGUAUUUUCGUUGCAUUUUAGUACACAGACAGCAGCUCAGAAGCUUCACUAACUCCAGGGGAUGCAUGUGUAAAUACUGCAGAUGGGGAAGAGAGGAUCUUUAGAAGGUCAUUACGAGAGGACCUGAAUGGGCAGCUUGGCAGCUUAGUGCAAAGGCAGCCAAGGGCUGCUACUGAAGCUCUUGAAUUUGUUGUGGCUCUAGGACUGGUGAGAGUGAAGCCAUCAGAAAGUUCCACUUUAUGGGAAAGGGCAGUUGAGGUCCCAUUUUCAGUAGUCCUCUUGACCUUCCUCUUCCUAACCACUCACUGCCUUUAGGGCCAACUUGGGAUUUCCCAGGCCAUUGGCAGUACCUGCCACUUGGCUUCCAACAAUACAAUAGCUGUUGAAGUUCAAGUGGUGAACUUCCAGACUCUGGUGACCCGCACUUCCCAGUGCCAACCACUGGUGCAUGUGUCGGGGAAUCUGGGCUUCCAACAUGUACGGAUUCCUUAGGAAAAGGAAAAAAAAAAAAAAAGGAAAAAGCAAAGUAGGUUACAGUUUAAAAACAGGAGAAAGGCAAUAAGUUGCGAUAACCUCUUACCAUUGACCAAGGUUAUACAGGAGAGAGAUUGAAGUUUUCUGGAGUCAGAGUUUUAAGCUCCAGUUUGUAACUUGGACUUUCUGAUUGCAAAUGGCAAUAACUAAUAAGUUAUCAGCAAUAAUGAAUUUAGCAUUAAAUUUGGGUACAAUUUUCUGUUUUUGCACUCACUGUAGUGCAUAUGUAUUAAGACAGUGGAUAGUGUUAAGGUUUUGUUAAUUUUCUUUGGAAUUCAGUGUAGUUGUGAAUCCAACUUAAGAGAAGGAAAGUUUAAAUAGCAAUGAGAUUUAGAAUUAUGGGCCCUUGGAACACACCCAGUUUCCCCAAAAUUACCCCUUAGUUUGUUAAUAUCAGUAUUCAGAUUCCUGAUUCAUUUAUGCAUCUGUUUCCAUGUGGCAGGGACAUUCUGAAACUUAAUAAUGCUUUGAGUUCUGUAGUUAACUUUCAAGUCUUCCAGAUGAUUGUCAACAAUAAAAAAGGCUUAUUGAAUUCCAUCUUGCUAUGCAAGUUUUAUCAGAUGAUCAAAUAGUAGAUCUGAUGCAUCCCCAUUGUAUGUAUGGCAUUUUCAAACCAAGUCUUAACUUUUCGAAUACAUUUUAGUAGCUAAUUCAGGGGAGGGGAAAGAAUGACCCAGGUUUUUAGAUUGACUAUUUUUGAGCUAUGCGGCUCAUUUUGAAAGACUGCUGUCCAUAUAAGCUGUUGCUACAGAUAUUAGAAGUUUCUAAUGAAUCUAAGUUGUACAUUCACUGCUAGCAUAAUUCAAAAAUCAGAUUUUUUGCAUAUGAGCAAAAAACCUUUUGCUGGCUAUGGAAGAAGGUGGACUCUAUCUGUAGUUCCCUUUUGACUACAGCAACAGCUCUGGGUGAAAGUAGACUAUAUAGAGGGAUAAUCUGUCAAGCCAUAGAAAGAAUAGCUAAAUUAAUUCUAGUAAGUGUAUGACCUCUCACCAUUUUAAGAGGUACCAGAUUCAUUUGCACUAUUAGGAAUGCUAGUUUUGUGCAAAAAAUGCCUUACCUGUUUUUUCCCCACAUUUAGGUUGAAAAGCUUUCAAAUGUUCCAAGUUAUGCUGAACCAAAAAAACAAAACACAACAAAAAAAACUUAAAAGAAAAACCCCACACAAAAACAAAACACAAAAUAAAAAGCCCACACUUUUUAUUCCUGCUUUGAAAUGCAAAUGAUAUAGACCCCGGUUUCUCUGACAGUGUAAUGAUAGCUUUGUAAGUUAGUCUCCUGUCCUGCUGGGAACUCUGUAUGAGGCGCCGUCACAGCGACCCAGCCCACCUACCCGCUUGCACUCUGUUAGUGUGAAACCAUUUGCUCUUCUUUUCUUUCUGCCCACCCCCCAACUUUUUUUUUUUUGUUAAGCUUUUUCUUUCCUUGUGCAUCCUGACCAAGAAAUAUCUUUGAUUAUGAUCAAUGUAUUAUGUCAAAAUGUAGGCUAGUUAAACUUUUGUAAAGUUGCCUGGAAUGUCAUUUGUUAGCUUAUAAACACAAAAUCUAAAUGAAGGGUUAUAUGUGUUGUGUACAAAUCUUAAUUAUUUUGAAAUGGACAAACUUGUCAUUACAUUUGUAACUUUGUACAGAGGAUUUUUCACUAUGUGCCUAGCUUGGUGUCCAUUCAGCUAAAAUUGAAAAAAAAAAAGGUGCAUGAAGAGUUAAAAAUCAGAAAUAAAACAAAGUAUAUGUAGAGAUGACUAUUUUAUAUUACAUGGCCCAAUCCUGUAUUUAUUUCUGCCCCCUUUUUGAAAAUAUUUAUAAAACUAGUUGAGGACAGCUGUAUUUUUUUGUUGAACUAUUUAGUAGAAUUUGUGCCUUUUUGUCUGUAUGUGAAUAAAUGCUGUACAUUUUGCAAUACA